AUGGCUGCAUUUGGGCUGCUUCCCAGUCCUCCAAUUUCCGAAUCCAGGCCGGCAAGCACUGGGCCCGAGGCAUCAUACUUUGAGUGUAAAAGCGAGGAAAAGUUCGCCGAACAGGAAAACGUGGAGAGCACUGAGAUCAUAUCAGAAGUGACCAACAGCACAGAUCAUGUGGACUUGCCUCCGGACCCCACAGAGGAAACAAUUACUGAAGAGACAUCUCCUUAUCAAGCCUACCGUCCUUCGGACUGGCAAGUGAAAUCGCCCGAAAAGCGGCGAACAGAUGUGACAAAUGUCCACGAGGCACACUCAAACCUGAUUCGACAAUGCGAAGAGACACUUGCCGCAUCGCCAACCGCGAAAAAGCCUGAUAAGGAGGAACCAACGCCCGUUAAAUCACCUGCCUCACUACACAGUGCAACGGCUUCCAUGCCUACUACCUCCCCGAGACCGCAACGGCCAAGGGCAACGACUGUCUCGAGUGAAGCCAGUUGGAUCCCGAGCAACUUCUCGUAUUGUGAGACAUGGUUGCAAGGUGUGCCACUAGAUCCGCUAGAUAAAGACGACAACCCCAAAGAAUUCAAUCGACGGAAAUUCCAGAUUAUCGAACAAGAUCCACCGAUGCCGAAAUUGGAUAUCAUUCCUGGUGCUCGAACCUUGGACGAGCCUGUGCGAUUUGCCGUUGCUAGCAAGCCAAGGCUUGUGGAUAUUGCACGGCAAUCAUCACCAUCCAUGGGUCCCAUGGGGCCACCUCCUCCCCCGCCUAUAGUUCGUCAGACUGUGUGCGUUCCAAUGACGCCUGACCAACGCCAGGAGGAAGUCUCCGCAUUCAGUCCUGAUACACCGCUGGACACGCCGAUGGACAUGUCUGACAGUGGCUAUGGCACACGCGAGUCCGGCUACUCCAUGGAUAGCUAUCAGGAUAGCAAGGAUGAUGAUACCUACUCCGAUCCCGGAUCAUUGACAUCAGACAGUUUCACGAGUACAGUUAUCGGAGAGAGGCCUGAAUCAACACUUGGAGAGCGUGAGAUAUCCCCGCAACCUGAGAUCCGAUCAGGCAGUGUCAGUCCCAACGCAUCCCCAUCCCCAUCCAGCCACUCCCCCGGUCGAACAUCUCACACUUCAGAAGAAGAGAAACGUGACAAGCAACCAUCAUGGGACCACCAGUGGACUCUGGAUGAUCAUGAGUGGACCCUGGGCGAGCUUGAUCACUCCGUCAAAGACUUCCCUCGCCACAUGCUUCGACUUACAUCCCCCGUCAUCGUCUUUUUACGGAAGAACGACGAGAAAGCUCUCUUACGACCUUUCCGAACCAUUUUCCCCACAGUCGCAGAGAAUCUACUCGACUGCCUCUGCGCCGCACUCAUUGCCCGCAAUUACCUUCUUUCUCUAUCCAAACUGCAGCGCCGCAGGCCUUCCCUAUCAUCCCGAAAUGACGUGUAUGCCGUGGACGCUGUCCCAGCCAAAGCAUACAGUACAUUAGGAAUUCAACUCCCAACUGCAUCACCCGGUCGUAUCAAAGAUCGUAUGCUGGAUUCACACACCUCCGAGCUGCGCCUGGAUGUCGAACGAAUCAUCGACAACCUUCUCUUUGCCAUUUGUGGCCGAUCAGACACUACUCUCAAAGCAGCCAUCGAAGUUCUGGCUCAAGUCCUCGAAACCAACGCCCCUCAUUAA